GGCGGCGGCGGAGCGGGCUCUGGCACGGGCUCGGGCUCCGGCAUGGUGCAAGCCAGCCUUGUCCCGGGAGAGCGGGGCCCGCACGCGGGACCGGUGCCCGCGGAGCGGCGGCAGCGGCGGUGGCGGUGUUGGCUGCGAGCACAGACAGGCGGCAGGUGCUAGAAGCCGGGCUGGGCGAGGUGUGUACCCGCUGGGUUCCCGGGCCGCCGCCCCCUCAUUGCCUGGAUCUUUGCCUCCCUCCGUGCACGCCAGUUCGUCCAGCCCCCUGCCUCCGCGCCCCGGCCGAUGGCGCCCCGCGGUUGAGCCGGCGCCGCCAGGGACCCCUCCCGCGGGCCUCCCCGGGGCGCGCAGAGCCCAGAGUCGCGCGCCCACCCUCCGCGGAGACUCCCUCCUUGCCUCGCCCGAGCCGGGCGGGACCAUGGCUGCGAAGCUGCGAGCGCAUCAGGUGGACGUGGACCCGGACUUCGCGCCGCAGAGCCGGCCGCGCUCGUGUACCUGGCCCCUACCGCAGCCGGACUUGGCGGGCGACGAGGACGGGGCGUUGAGCGCAGGGGUGGCCGAGGGCUCUGAGGACUGCGGGCCGGAACGCAGGGCGACGGCCCCAGCGAUGGCCCCAGCGCCGCCGCUGGGCGCGGAGGUCGGACCGUUGCGGAAAGCGAAGAGCUCCCGACGGAACGCGUGGGGGAACCUUUCCUACGCCGACCUUAUCACCAAAGCCAUCGAGAGCGCCCCGGACAAGAGACUCACGCUCUCACAGAUCUACGACUGGAUGGUCCGCUACGUGCCCUACUUCAAGGAUAAAGGCGACAGCAACAGCUCGGCCGGCUGGAAGAACUCCAUCCGGCACAACCUGUCGCUGCACACCCGGUUCAUCCGCGUGCAGAACGAGGGCACUGGCAAGAGUUCAUGGUGGAUGCUGAACCCUGAGGGCGGAAAGACAGGCAAGACCCCGAGGCGCCGGGCUGUGUCCAUGGACAACGGGGCCAAGUUCCUGCGCAUCAAGGGCAAGGCCAGCAAGAAGAAGCAGCUGCACCUGCCAGAGCGGAGCCCUGACGAUAGCCCUCCAGGCGCACCGGCUCCAGGGCCCCUGUCCGCCUCCGCCAAGUGGGCCGCCAGCCCAGCCUCACAUGCCAGCGACGACUACGAGGCGUGGGCUGACUUCCGCGGCAGUGGGAGACCCCUGCUCGGGGAGGCGGCCGAGUUGGAGGACGACGAGGCCCUGGAGGCCCUAGCACCGUCCUCGCCACUCAUGUACCCAAGCCCCGCGAGCGCGCUGUCGCCUGCCCUGGGCGCGCGCUGCCCCGGCGAUCUACCGCGUUUAGCCGAGCUGGGAGGUCCGCUGGGCCUGCACGGUGGCGGUGUCGCCGGGCUACCGGACGCCUUGCUGGACGGCGCGCAGGACGCGUACGGGCCGCGGGCACGCGCCGGGACUCCAUCCUACUUCGGAGGCUGCAAGGCGGGCGCCUACGGUGGGGGCGGGGGCUUCGGGCCGCCCGCUCUGGGUUCUCUGCGUCGCCUGCCCAUGCAGACCAUCCAGGAGAACAAGCAGGCCAGCUUCGCGCCGGCCGCCGCGCCCUUCCGCCCCGGGGCUCUGCCCGCGCUGCUACCACCGCCGCCUCCCGCGCCGAGGCCCGGCCCGCUGCUAGGCUCGCCCGGGGAGCUGGCGCUAGCUGGCGCGACCGCUGCUUAUCCCGGCAAGGGAGCGGCCCCGUACGCGCCGCCGGCGCCCUCGCGCAGUGCCUUAGCCCACCCCAUCAGCCUUAUGACGCUGCCCGGAGAGGCGGGCGCCGCCGGCCUGGCCCCGCCGGCCCACGCCGCAGCCUUCGGGGGUCCGCCCGGCGGCCUCCUGCUGGACGCGCUGCCCGGGCCCUAUGCGGCAGCAGCAGCCGGGCCGCUGGGUGCCGGGCCCGAUCGCUUCCCGGCCGACCUGGACCUCGACAUGUUCAGCGGGAGCCUGGAGUGUGACGUCGAGUCCAUCAUCCUCAACGAUUUCAUGGACAGCGAUGAAAUGGACUUCAACUUUGACUCAGCCCUGCCUCCACCGCCCCCAGGCCUGGCUGGUGCGCCGCCCCCUAACCAGAGCUGGGUGCCGGGCUGAGGGCCACCCUACGCAGUCUGGGUGCCCCGGUCUUGUCCCCAAGGGGCCUCUGUCUUCCCAUCCUGAUCCCCGGGUCCCCAC